CAUGUCAUCAUGUCCUCCUAGAAACGGUUGCUAACAACUCUGGAGAAAGAGGAAUGCAGACAAGCGUUUCGGCAUUAAAAGUGGUAUCCGUGGCUAAUUGCGCGAACUACAAUUUUUCAGUUCCUACAGAGUACAAUUUAAACCAUGCCUCGAGGAAGAUCAGCCACCAGUGUCCACUCUGACAGCAGUGACAUGGAUAUUGAUGGAAUAGCGGAAACAGAGAUGGGAAAACUGCAAAGACAGUUCCGGAUCAUGGGGGGAGACCGGUUGGCCUACAGCAUCCAGUCUCAAGAUCACAUACGCAGACAGCGGCAGGAGAUAGAGACGCUUGAGAAGGAACAGGAGGAGCUACAGCGUAGUCUCUGUGUGUCUGAGAGCCUAUCCCGGCGGCAGCGGGACAGUGAGGAUGCCCAGACCCUGCGCUCCAUGCUGGAACAGAGGGACGAGGUGGGGGACGAGGUGGAGAGGGAGAGGCAGAGUCAGGCAGAGCUGGAGCAGGAGAUCUCUAGCAUGGAGAGAAAGCUGACAGAGCUGAGGAGAGGCGAGGUCACUGCUACUCUCAGCCAAAAGUCCCAGUCCCGACAAACUCAGAAGGCCUCACGCACCCUGGAGAACAAACUAGAUAGAGCCCUCAUUCGCUUCAACGAGCAGCUGACUAAAAUCAGCCACCUGAGAGAGGACCUGGAGACUCUGCGUGUGGAGCGGGUCCGGUUCCAGCAGCUCCACCGCAGACUGGACAAGGAGCUGCAGGAGAUCCGGAAAGACAUCGGAGAUAUGGUCAGCCUCUCCACUGCUGCAUAUGAUGUCAGGGUGGAGGCCCAGUCUAAGAUGAUCAUGAUGAGGGAGAAGGCAGUAAAGGACCUGUCUCAGUACAGCGCUGAAAUGAAGGAGCUGGAGAGGGUGAUCGCACACGAACGCCGCCUCAAAGAGUUCAUGACCACCAAGUGCAGUGAGAGGAGUGGCCAGGAUGAGGGGCAAGAAUUGGGCCGCAGGCAUGCAGCAGAGUUGAAGGAACAGAGGAGGUUGGACUCUGGGGAGGAGUCAGUGGACACACUGGAGGAAGUCUUCCAUAGGAUCCAGAAUAUCACAGGAGAGGAAGACCUGGACAUGCUGGUCACCAGGUUCAUCCAAGUCGAGGAUCAGAACUUUGCCCUCUUCAACUAUGUGAAUGAGCAAAACAACGAGGCUGAAGCUUUGAGGGACCAAAUUAACCAGACCCAGAGGGAGAUGGAGCAGUUUAAUGUGAGGGGGCAGCAGCAGAAGCAGCAGCACCAUGCUUUGUUGAGAGACAUUGAUCAGCAACAGAGAGACACAGAGUCUCAGGCACACGAGAAUGAAGUCCUGGCCAGUGCUGUGAGCAAGAUCCUGGACCAGAUAAAGACAGGAGUGAACAGUGUGUUCCAUAAGAUGGACUGUGAUCGCUCAGUGGUGGAGGACUUGCUGGGCUCGUCCUCUGGCAUCCGGGAGAACAACAUCAUGACCUACCUGGGUCUGGUGGAACAGAGGACCAACCAGCUGCUCACCAUGCAGGCCUUCCUCAACUCCAGGGAUCUCGAUAAGGAGUAUGACCCAAAAGACCUUGCCCGAUUUCUACUCGGUCAGAACCCUGAGAUUCCCAGACAAAAUAUCAUCAUACAGCCUCCUGUCACUGGGGAUGACUAUGACACAGAGGAGUCUCCUCUCACUGAUGAGGAAGAGCGGCCUCUCUCCCAGGGAGAACUACGCCAGAGAAUCAUGAAAGGGGUCCUGCUAAAGGAGGGAUCAGUUCGUCACGCAGGACCAAGGAGAAAGAUGAGUGGUCCGUCCAACAGCCAUCGGCGCUCCCUAGAGGCCUGAGAGGAGCGGCACACAAGGAGAUAGAUAUAUCCCGACGGUUUUGUCUAGAAGAGAUAAACGCUUGGUCAAAAUGUACGCAGCAGUUUAGGAUAAUUAAUGUAGCAGGUUAGGAGAAUUAACGUAACAGGUUAGAAUAAUUAGGUUAAGGUUAGGAUAAGGGUUAGUAUUAGGAUUAGCCAAAAAAUAAAUACACUUUUGAUGUAAAUUUGACAAAAGCUAUAUCCCAUCUAGAUUUGACCUUUCUAGCCACCCCCACCCGAUGAAGGACCUCAUCCUAGGAAGAAUAGCAGAUUUUGUUAUCUAGUGUUAUCACCUGAAUUUCAACCAUGAUCAAAUGACCAAAUGUCACAAUUUUAGUUAUGAUUUAAUAUAUGGUAGAUAGUAUUACUUGUGCUUCUAUAUCUCAUUUUUAAUAAUAUGAUGCUGCAUCAUCAUGGUUUGUUACAAUAUAAGUGUGAUUUGUUUAGCUUGAACUAAUUAGGUUAGGAGAUAUAAAGACUUCUCUCAGUCUGGCAGCCAGCUGGUCUUUUGAUGUGUCAUAUGCCAUCUGGCUUUGAUUAUUCAAAUCUGGUCUCAAUAUAUCCCCUGCUGCCUUGCUCUCAGAUGCUGAAGUGCUCCAACUGAACACAAGGGGGCACUGCUUUCCAAUCAUUGUAGGUUCAUUGAAACUUGUUUUACCAUUUUCAUAUCUACAAGUUUGGUCAUCAAUAUUUGUAGGAUAUGUUUUCUCCCUUUUUCAAAUAGAUUAGGAACUAUAUACAACACUUGGUGUUUAAAUAUAAAGAUUAAAGCAAUGUACUCUCUGCUGCAGCCACUUAAUCCAUACAAUAGGACAAUUAGGAAAGGAAUAGAUUGAUUUUAAGAAACUUUUUGUCUGAGGUCAUCCAACAUAAUCAAGAGUCAACAAAGAGUUACUUUAGUUAGGCUAGUUUUGAAAGGGCUCCAUGGAAUGGUCUCACAUGGAUUACACACAAUUAAAUUUUUUACAAUUAUUUUACCUUUUAUUUAACUAGGCAAGUCAGUUAAGAACACAUUCUUAUUUUGAAUGACGGCCUAGGAACAGUGGGUUAACUGCCUUGUUCAGGGGCAGAAUGACAGAUUUGUACCUUGUCAGCUCAGGGAUUCGAAUUUGCAACCUUUCGGUUAUUAGUUCAAUGCUCUAACCACUAGGCUACCUUGCAGCACCAUGCUGACCAGACCGCUCGCAUGCGUCCGCCAUCGCAUCCAUCGCACGCAUGCUGAUUUUGUUCACCCACACCUGUCGCAAUCAGGACAAGCAGGUUGAAAUAUCAAAAUGAACUCUGAACCAACUAUAUUAAUUUGAGGACAGGUUGAAAAGCAUUAGACAUUUAUGGCAAUUUAGCUAGCUAGCUUGCUGUUGCUAGCUAAUUUGUCCUGGGAUAUAAACAUUGGGUGUUAUUUUUACUGAAUUACAAACGGUCCUCUACUAGACAAUUAAUCCACAGGUAAAAGGGUAAACCGAGUUAGUUUUUAGUAAUCUCUCCUCUUUCAGGCUCCUCUUUCUCUUUGGACUUUAUAUGGCGGUUGGCAACCAACUUUAAGGUGCAUUACCACCACCAACUGGACUGGAGUGUGGACCUCAGUUCGUCUUUCAAUUACCCAUGUGGGUACAUGCUCCUAAAAACCAAUGAGGAAAUGAGACAGGCGGGACAUGCAGCACGUCAAGCGUCACAAAUAGAACCGAGUUCUAUUUUAGUGCCUGGCUACGCAGACCAGUGUGGGUGCAAUAUUUGAAUAACAUGUAACUGUACAUUUAUUUUGCAACACGAACGGUGUGGUCAGCAUGUUACAGUGGGGCAAAAAAGUAUUUA